UUUUGGGUGGGUUUUAGGGGGGUUUUGGGGUCCUGUCACCUCCAAUCCAUCCUAUUUUGUUCCCCCCCGUAGGUUCCCAGGCCUCGGAGUCGCCAUGGGCCGCCGGCCGGCACGAUGUUAUCGUUACUGCAAGAACAAACCUUACCCCAAAUCCCGUUUCUGCCGCGGGGUCCCCGACCCAAAAAUUCGAAUUUUUGAUUUGGGGAGGAAAAAGGCAAAAGUUGAUGAAUUCCCUCUGUGUGGUCACAUGGUGUCGGAUGAGUACGAGCAGCUGAGUUCUGAGGCCCUGGAGGCCGCCCGGAUCUGUGCCAACAAGUACAUGGUGAAAAGCUGCGGCAAGGACGGAUUCCACAUCCGCGUGCGCCUGCACCCCUUCCACGUCAUCCGCAUCAACAAAAUGCUCUCCUGUGCCGGGGCCGACAGGUCUGGGGGGGCGGGGAGGGGGUCCCCGAAAUCUUCAAGGGGUCCCCGAAAUCUUGGAGAGGUCCCCGAAAUCCUGGGGGGGUUCGUUGGGAGUUUUGGGGAGGUUCCCAAAAGUUUCCGGGAGUGUCUUGGGAUUGCAGCGGAAAGGUUGGGAUGA